ACUAAAGAAAAGAAAAAAAAUAAAUAUCCUCAAAGGUGCAACCGUGGAAACUUGGACGGUUUUACCAUUAGAUCUUUUUUCUGCCGGGACAAUUUUUUAGAUUCACGCCACUCUUCUUAUUAGGUUGCUUUUCUUUUUCCCACAGAUCCAACCUUUUGUGUUGCGUCGCCGUCCUUGAUUUGAUCAUAUCAGAGAGGAGAAAUUUGUUUAGGAGUUGGGGAAUUGUGAUGUCUCGAUUGGUUCUGCAUUGCAAAGUCUCAAGCUUGUCAAAGACGUGCCUCAGGAAUUUUGUCUCCUCCGCUCCCUUUCGCUCAAGUUGUCGUGUUAGGGGACACUCCAUAAAGCUUACUAGGGGGCACCGGAAAUUCUUCAGUUCUGAGGCUACUAGUUGGAAGAAAUAUCGAUUACCAUAUCACUCGCUGCCUAGUCUUACAAAUACUUCCCGGAGAUUUGUUUGUUCAGUUGCAACAGAACCGGUAGCAAAGGAAGUUGAUAUGGAUGCACCCAAAGAGAUAUUUUUGAAGGAUUACAAGCAACCUGAUUAUUUCUUUGAGAAGGUAGUAUCUUUUACAGGUCUUGAUUUUGAAUUAUCAUAUCUGGUGGACCUUAGUUUCACACUGGGGGAGAAAAAAACAAUUGUUAGUUCCAAGAUAGUUGUCUAUCCAAGGAUCGAAGGUUCUUCUUCACCUCUAGUCUUGGAUGGUGUUGAUCUGAAACUGAUUUCUCUGAAGACCAACAGUAAUUACUUGAAGGAUGGUGAUUUCCACCUAGACUCACGUCACCUAACUAUUUCCUCACCCCCCGUUGGUAAAUUCACUUUGGAGAUUGUCACUGAGAUAGACCCUCAGAGUAACACUUCUUUGGAGGGGCUCUACAAAUCAUCAGGGAACUUCUGCACACAAUGUGAAGCAGAAGGCUUUCGGAAAAUUACUUUCUAUCAGGAUCGCCCGGAUAUCAUGGCAAAGUACACUUGUCGUAUUGAAGGUGACAAGUCACUUUACCCGGUACUGUUAUCUAAUGGGAAUCUUAUAGAGCAAGGAGACUUGGAUGGAAACAAGCAUUAUGCAGUAUGGGAAGAUCCUUUUGUGAAGCCAUGCUAUCUUUUUGCAUUAGUUGCCGGGCAAUUGGUGAGCCGUGAUGAUACUUUCACAACUCGUUCUGGCCGAAAGGUGUCACUUAGAAUUUGGACUCCCGAACAAGAUGUCCCAAAGACGGCCCAUGCUAUGUACUCUUUGAAAGCUGCCAUGAAAUGGGAUGAAGACGUUUUUGGGCUUGAGUAUGACCUGGAUCUCUUCAACAUUGUUGCUGUUCCAGAUUUUAACAUGUUAGUUCAAACCUCCAAAGACGCCUGUUUUCUUUCUUCUGAGGGAGCCAUGGAAAACAAAAGUUUGAAUAUUUUCAAUUCCAAACUUGUCUUGGCAUCUCCGGAAACUGCAACAGAUGCAGACUAUGCUGCAAUUUUGGGUGUUAUUGGACAUGAGUACUUUCACAACUGGACAGGAAACAGAGUUACAUGCCGAGAUUGGUUUCAGCUUAGCUUAAAGGAAGGUCUCACUGUUUUCCGUGAUCAGGAGUUUUCUUCUGAUCUGGGAAGCCGUACAGUAAAAAGGAUAGCUGACGUUUCAACUCUUCGAAUUUAUCAAUUUCCUCAGGUGAUGCUGGUCCCAUGGCUCAUCCUGUGCGACCUCACUCUUAUAUUAAGAUGGAUAACUUCUAUACAGGUGUAUGAGAAGGGUGCCGAAGUUGUAAGGAUGUAUAAAACCUUGUUGAACAGUUCAGGAUUUAGAAAGGGCAUGGAUCUUUAUUUUAAGAGGCAUGAUGGGCAAGCCGUGACAUGCGAAGAUUUCUUCGCAGCCAUGAGAGAUGCAAACGGUGCUGAUUUCGCCAACUUCUUGUUAUGGUACUCGCAAGCUGGGACACCUCUGUUGAAGGUUGUUACUGCAUACAAUACCGAAGCUAAGACUUUUUCUCUUAAGUUCAGCCAAGAAAUCCCCCCAACCCCUGGGCAGCCAGUGAAAGAGCCAAUGUUUAUCCCUGUAGCCUUGGGUCUGCUCGAUUCCAAUGGCAAAGACAUUCCACUUUCGGCUGUAUACCAUGAUGGACAGUUGACUGAUAUCACCAAAGACGGUCAACCAGUUUAUACUACAGUUCUCAGGGUCACUAAGAAAGAAGAAGAAUUUGUUUUCAAUGACGUUCAAGAGCGUCCAGUGCCAUCUAUACUGAGGGGUUACAGUGCUCCUGUUCGUUUGGAUUCGGAUCUUACUGAUGCUGAUUUGUGGGAGGCCGGGCAGGUUUUGGCUAGAAAGCUGAUGCUCAGCCUAGUUUCUGAUUAUCAGCAAAAUAAACCCUUGGUUCUCAACCCGCAGUUUGUGAGUGGAGUUAAAAGUAUUCUUGGUGACUCGAAAUUGGAUAAGGAAUUCAUUGCCAAGGCAAUAACUCUACCUGGCGAAGGUGAAAUCAUGGACAUGAUGGAAGUUGCCGACCCCGAUGCUGUUCAUGCAGUUAGAGCUUUCAUCAGAAAGCAGCUUGCUUCUGACUUGAAAGAAGAUUUGCUCGACACUGUAGGAUACUGUAUUGUUGUUAAAAAUAACAUAAGCUCAGAGGCUUAUGUAUUUGACCACCCAAACAUGGCCCGACGUGCUCUUAAGAACGUAGCUCUGGCUUAUCUUGGGUCAAUUGAAGAUGAAGAGAUAACUCAGCUGGCAUUGCACGAAUACAACAUUGCCACGAACAUGACCGAGCAAUUUGCUGCCCUGGCGGCUCUUAAUCAGAAGCCUGGUAAAACUCGGGAUGAGGUUUUGGCUGAUUUCUAUAACAAGUGGCAGCAUGAUUUCUUGGUGGUAAAUAAAUGGUUUGCCCUGCAAGCCAUGUCUGAUAUACCCGGCAAUGUCGAGAAUGUACGUAAACUCUUGAAUCAUCCUGCCUUUGACUUGCGGAAUCCAAAUAAGGUGUACUCGCUCAUUGGAGGAUUUUGUGGGUCGCCUGUCAAUUUUCAUGCUAAAGAUGGGUCAGGCUACAAAUUUUUGGGCGAGAUGGUUGUACAGCUUGACAAGCUGAAUCCUCAGGUCCGGUACCCUUGAUGAGAGCUCUUGACAUUUUUAUCAACAAGUUUACUACUUAAUCCUUCAAAAAUUUGUGCAGGCUCAGCUGGAGAUGAUCCUGUCAGCGAAUGGGCUGUCUGAGAACGUGUUUGAGAUUGCCUCCAAGAGUUUGGCUGCUUGACUAAUCGUCACUCAUACUACAGAAGUCGGAUUAAUUCAUGAAUUUAGUUUAUUUUGAAAAACAAGUUUUUUUUUAAAAGACUAUGCACGACCCUUUGAUGCUUACAUGAUUGGAGUUGUGUUGAGAAUCAUAUGUUUUACGUUGAUGCAAACUCGUUGCCUUGUCAUUGUGUUCGAUUAUCACAUGUUUGAGUAUGUGAUAGUUUAUGAGAUGUCACUAAAACCUAAUAAAAAGUUUAGUUAUUUCAGCCUCUUUUCAUCUGCAGUGCCUUCAAUAAAAAUCUAUUUUUAGUCAUAAGACUUUGUAAUACGUAAGCUGGCAGGCAAUAUUGUUGUUUGAU